AUGGGAUUCAAUCUUGAAGCUGCACGAAUCACCGCAUUGCCCGAGGAUGCAUUCUAUAUAUCGGACUUCAUUACAGAGGACGAGGAGGAUUGGUUACUUCAGAAGGUACAAUCAGCGCCGCUGCCGCGCUGGACCCAGCUCUCGCACCGCAGACUUCAAACAUGGCCAUCAGCCCUCACCGAGAGUAAUGCUCUUCUUGCAUCGCCCCUACCAGCUUGGCUUAGAUCACCGAUCGUUGAGCCGCGGUUUGAGGCACUGCGUAUCUUCAACGAUGCGCCACACAAGGCGCCCAACCAUGUCUUAGUAAACGAGUACCAGCCUGGACAAGGGAUCUUGCCGCACGAAGAUGGAGCAGCGUACUAUCCCCUCGUUGCGACAGUGAGCCUAGGAGCGCCAAUUGUGCUCGAUUUGUACCACAAACACACCCAAGGCGACAGGGAAGAAAGCGGUACACCAGCCAAGGCCGGAAGAAAUGUUGCCGGGAUACCCGACACAAAUCGAAGACCUCAAUACAGGAUCUUGCAGGAGAGACGGAGUCUGCUGAUCACGAGGGGCAAGAUGUACACGGAUCUUCUGCAUGGCAUCACCGAAACGACGAGAGAUGAGGAUCUAGGCCCGCACUCCAUCUGCAACUGGGAGCUCUUGCGGGAGAGGGAACCGUACCAGAGCGGGUGGUACGAGAGAAAGACGAGGACUAGCCUUACGUAUAGGGACGUGCUCCAUGUUGUGAAGAUGGGGAACACCUUGAAGUUUUUAGGUGGGAGGUAA